GUGAGGGAGGCGGCCGGCGGCUCCUGCCUCAGGAAGGGCAUGUUCGGAGGGGCGGCCGCAGCACGCCACCCGCCUCAGUGCUCCCUUUCCACCGCCGCCGCCGCAGCGCCCGCACCGUGAUAAAAGAGGCGGCCAGGCUUCCUGACGCGAAAUCCGCGCUCGCCGCCGCCUGCCCAGGCGGCGAUGACACGGCGCCCGCGGCGGUCCCAAGGCGCCGGGUGGGCCGUUUGCUGACCGGAUCGCGGCUACCCGCCAACGUGUCCGCGGCGCCGCCGCCAGCAUGGGCUGUGCCCCCAGCAUCCACAUAUCCGAGAGCCUGGAAGUCGAGGACGCACCUAGCCCCGCGGCAUCGCCGCUGUCUUCCGGCGGGCCGCGCCUUCCGCAGGGCCAGAAGACGGCCGCCUUGUCCCAGACCCGCGGCGCCGGCCUCUUGGAGCCUCGCGAAGGCAGCGGCAAGAAGGUAGCAGUAGCUGAUGUGCAAUUUGGCCCCAUGAGAUUUCAUCAAGAUCAACUUCAGGUACUUUUAGUGUUUACCAAAGAAGAUAACCAAUGUAAUGGAUUCUGCAGGGCAUGUGAAAAAGCAGGGUUUAAGUGUACAGUUACCAAGGAGGCUCAGGCUGUCCUUGCCUGUUUCCUGGACAAACAUCAUGACAUUAUCAUCAUAGACCACAGAAAUCCUCGACAACUGGAUGCAGAGGCACUGUGCAGGUCUAUCAGAUCAUCAAAACUCUCAGAAAACACAGUUAUUGUUGGUGUAGUACGCAGGGUGGAUAGAGAAGAGUUGUCCGUAAUGCCUUUCAUUGCUGCUGGAUUUACAAGGAGGUAUGUGGAAAACCCCAACAUCAUGGCCUGCUACAAUGAACUGCUCCAGCUGGAGUUUGGAGAGGUGCGAUCACAACUGAAACUCAGAUUUGCCUAUUCUGGACAUUUCAUACACUGUGUGAUCCUUGUGACUGGCUUACGGUUUUUAAGGGCUUGUAACUCUGUAUUCACUGCAUUAGAAAAGAGUGAAGAUGCAAUUGAAAUUACAAGUGAAGACCGUGUUAUACAGUAUGCAAACCCUGCAUUUGAAACAACAAUGGGCUAUCAGUCAGGUGAAUUAAUAGGGAAGGAGUUAGGAGAAGUGCCUAUAAAUGAAAAAAAGGCUGACUUGCUCGAUACUAUAAAUUCAUGCAUCAGGAUAGGCAAGGAGUGGCAAGGAAUUUACUAUGCCAGAAAGAAAAACGGAGAUAAUAUACAACAAAAUGUGAAGAUAAUACCUGUCAUUGGACAGGGAGGAAAAAUUAGACACUAUGUGUCCAUUAUCAGAGUAUGCAGUGGCAACAAUAAGGCUGAGAAAAUACCCGAAUGUGUUCAGUCUGACACUCAUACAGAUAAUCAGACAGGCAAACAUAAAGACAGAAGAAAAGGCUCACUAGACGUCAAAGCUGUUGCCUCCCGUGCAACUGAAGUUUCCAGCCAGAGACGACACUCUUCCAUGGCCCGGAUACAUUCCAUGACGAUUGAGGCGCCCAUCACCAAGGUAAUCAAUAUUAUCAAUGCUGCCCAGGAAAGUAGUCCCAUGCCUGUGACUGAAGCCCUAGACCGUGUGCUGGAAAUUCUAAGAACCACUGAGUUAUAUUCACCACAGUUUGGUGCUAAGGAUGAUGAUCCCCAUGCCAAUGACCUUGUUGGGGGCUUAAUGUCUGAUGGUUUGCGAAGACUAUCAGGGAAUGAAUAUGUUCUUUCAACAAAAAACACUCAAACAGUUUCAAGCAAUAUAAUCACUCCCAUCUCCCUUGAUGAUGUCCCACCACGGAUAGCUCGGGCCAUGGAAAAUGAAGAAUACUGGGACUUUGAUAUUUUUGAACUGGAGGCUGCCACCCACAAUAGGCCUUUGAUUUAUCUUGGUCUCAAAAUGUUUGCUCGCUUUGGAAUCUGUGAAUUCUUACACUGCUCUGAGUCAACACUAAGAUCGUGGUUACAAAUUAUCGAAGCUAAUUAUCAUUCUUCCAAUCCCUACCACAAUUCUACACAUUCUGCUGAUGUGCUUCAUGCCACUGCCUAUUUUCUCUCCAAGGAAAGGAUAAAGGAAACUUUAGAUCCAAUUGAUGAGGUCGCUGCACUCAUUGCAGCCACCAUUCAUGAUGUGGAUCACCCUGGGAGAACCAACUCCUUCCUGUGUAAUGCUGGAAGUGAGCUGGCCAUUUUGUACAAUGACACUGCUGUGCUGGAGAGCCACCAUGCGGCCUUGGCCUUCCAGCUGACCACUGGAGAUGAUAAAUGCAAUAUAUUUAAAAACAUGGAGAGGAAUGACUAUCGGACACUGCGCCAGGGGAUUAUCGACAUGGUCUUAGCCACGGAAAUGACAAAGCACUUUGAGCAUGUCAACAAAUUUGUCAACAGCAUCAACAAACCCUUGGCAACACUAGAAGAAAAUGGGGAAACUGAUAAAAAUCAGGAAAUGAUAAACACUAUGCUUAGGACUCCAGAGAACCGGACUCUAAUCAAACGAAUGCUGAUUAAAUGUGCUGAUGUGUCCAAUCCCUGCCGACCCCUGCAGUACUGCAUCGAGUGGGCUGCACGCAUUUCAGAAGAAUAUUUUUCGCAGACUGAUGAAGAGAAGCAGCAGGACUUACCUGUUGUAAUGCCAGUUUUUGACAGAAAUACCUGCAGCAUCCCCAAAUCCCAAAUCUCUUUCAUUGAUUACUUCAUCACAGACAUGUUUGAUGCUUGGGAUGCCUUUGUAGACCUGCCUGAUUUAAUGCAGCAUCUUGACAACAACUUUAAAUACUGGAAAGGACUGGACGAAAUGAAGCUGCGAAGCCUCCGACCACCUCCUGAAUAGCGGGAGACACCACCCAGAGCCCUGAAGCUUUGUUCCUUUGGUCAUUUGGAAUUCCUGAGGGCAGCCAGAGUUCCUUGGUCCUUUCAGUAUUAGGCAGGACAGCCCCCUGGUCUGCAUAGCCUGUGAAAGCCCACGGGGACAUCAGUAACCUUCUGCAGCCACCAUCCGAUGCCAUUACUGUCAAGUGAGACUUGGCCACUAUAGCCUGGGCCUGCUGCAGGAGCUCUUCAGAAAGGCACAUGAAGACCAUGGUUUGCAUCAGCUUUCUGAUAAAACACAAGGCCUGGAGUGCCCCUGCAAAGGGUAUUAAUGGAUUUCCUGCCAGUGACAGAGCAUGUCUAUUGCAAACAAUUUCUCAGUUCAGCACUUAAGAACAGCUAAUGGCAAUAGGAUCUUUAGCAACUUUUUCACAUCAUAGAAGGUGCAAUCACUCACUUUGGAACACUACUGAGAGUGACUUCUCUUUUAAAAUUGAGUAGCAAAUGAAAAAUUAAAAGAAAAUUUGAACUUGAUUAUUAAUAUCAAUUAAAAUGCUUUAUUUAUUUUAUUAAAAGCUCAGUAUUUUCUGUGAAUUCAAAAAUACUUCAAAGCCAAAGGCCAACUUCAAUUACCAUGACCAAAUUUACAUGAUUCAUAUUCAUUAUGCAUUACUUGGUAUACAGACUUAUUUUCAUAAUGCAAAUUAAUAUAAAAUGACAUUUUUACUGCACUAUAGGAAUAUUCAUGUAUGUUAAACUUUUCUGAUUGAGGCUAAUUGGAAAAAGCUGGGGUCUUUUUUCUAAGCACUAAAGAAGGCUGCUUCUACUCUAUAGAACCCAGGGCUCUGAAAUAGCUCUAGCUGCCUAAUGAACUUCACAGGUAACUCCCCAAGGUAAAAUUAGACUCUUCUUGGUUUGCAAAGAAAAAUUAGGACUUAACACUUUUUUCUAAAAUUCUAUAAUUGAAUUCCAAAUGUCUACCCUAUUUUAUACUGUUUCUACAAAAUAUUCCUUAUUAAAACAAAGAACAAAAAUGGAAUAUUUAAUGAAUUGACAUUUUAUAACCAACCUGUUUUUAUCUGCAGUGGGAAUCUUUGAUGCCAGAAAUUUAUAAAGAGGUUCUGUAUCUUCACACUUUGAAUAAGCAUAAUACCAUAAAAAAUGACACUUGACAUGUCAAUGUGUUUGUCAUUUCAUUUUAAACUCGUAUUUGUGGUUUUUUCCCAGAUAAAAAUGAAAUUAAACCAUUUCUUUUUAAGAAA